AAAAAAAAACCUUAUCCAUUCUGCAAUAGUAUACUUACAAGAGAGCAACUAUACAGCAAUAAUUAACAUCUCCUUCAAAAAAAAAGUAAAAGUAAAUUUAUUGAAUAAAUCACAAGGGCGCAUUCUAGAAACUUCACAAGAUCCUAGAGUAGCACAACCAAGCCCAUUUCUUCUUCUUCUUCCUCUAGCUAGUCACUCUUGAAAUUCAAGUAAAAAAAGGAAGAAUCUUGAAAAUGGGUGGCAGCCGCUGGAUCAGACCUGAGGUGUAUCCACUGUUUGCAGCUAUGGGGAUUGCUGUGGGCAUCUGCAGCUUCUCUCUGGUCCGCAACAUCUGCAUCAACCCUGAAGUCAGGCAUGAUUCUGGGAACUCAGAAAUCAUUCAUCACGGUUCCAAAUACCUCAAAUAAAAUCGGCCUUCUCAAAAAUGAGAAGGGAGGCUGCCCGACUACAGAUUUUGCAGUCGGCAACCAACCGCUUCAAAACCAACAUUUCAUCAUCGGAAGAGACCGGGACCGAACUUACCACCACAUUCCGCCCUGCAACACGGCCGGAAGUGCGGUUGCAACAAAUCACCGCCGAUAGAAGCAAAGAAGGCGGAGGAAAGAACCCAGGCGUCUCGGUCGUCGCCGCCGCCCAAUCUUCGCUGCCGCCGCCGAAUCAUUACUACGGCGUGGCUAACUGUCAAAAGCCUACCGGAGCAGCGGCGGUGGCUGCGGGAGCAGCGGAGGCGGCCACAAAUCGGACAUCUCCGGUUGGGCAGAAGAGGGUAGAGACGCAAUUAAUGGCGGAUGCAGCACUGGAAUGGCUGCUGGAUAAGCUCCAGCAGCUACUGCUGUACGAAGCCCAGUUGGUGAAGAACGUGAAGACCCAACUGGAGAAGCUGGAGAUGAAUCUCCGGGUCUUUAGAGCAUUCCUUGCAGAUUCCGCGCAGUCGGUGAAGGACGACGACGACGCCGUCUUUGAGGAGCUCAUCCGCCAGGCAAGUGGCGUCAUUUACGAGGUGGAGGACGUCGUCGAUCAAUGCCGCCGCCGGAGCCAGAACUCUGCGGCGGAGCCGGCGAAAUCGAAGGGCUGUGAAGAAUCCAAUGUGAUGAUGAUGAAUGAGAGAGAGGUGGAUGGAGAAGGAAGGGGAGGCGGAUGGAGAAGGGAAUUAGGUAUAAGGUUUGGUGUUUUGACGCUAAACCCUCAUUCUUCUCUUUAUUUGCAAAAGAUACACCACCCUUUAAAAUCUGCCCCCCUAAGUUUUCAGAAAUUACAGAAACACCCCAAUUUUCUACAUAAUACUAAAAUUACUUCCGUUGCAUAUCAAAUCUCUAGUGAUAAACAAGAUAGAGAUAAAAAAAAUGGAUUUUUGAUUGUGGGGCCACAGAUACAACAUAGCCCAAUUUGAAAAUUAAAAAAAAAAAAAUCCAAAAUUCAAUUCAAGAACUCCUAAAUACGAGUAUAAACUAUUUAAAAUUUCAAAAUCAAAAUGAAGAACUCCUAAACACGAGUAUAAACUAUUUAAAAUUUCAAAAUCAAAAUGAAGAACUCCUAAACACGAGUAUAAACUAUUUAAAAUUUCAAAAUCAAAUGAAGAACUCCUAAAUACGAGUAUAAACUAUUUAAAAUUUCAAAAUCAAAUGAAGAACUCCUAAAUAUGAGUAUAAACUAUUUAAAAUUUCAAAAUCAAAUGAAUCUUUUGAUUUUCAUGCAUUUAUCGACCGGAUAUUGCAUAUGCUGUUGGGGUUGUGAGUCAAUUCUUGCACCAACCACAAGCCGACCACAUGGAAGCUGCGCUCAGAAUUGUGAGAUACUUGAAAGGAACCUUUGACUAUGGAGUACUGUUCAGGAAAACUGGACAUCUCGAGAUACAAGCCUACACUGAUGCUGACAAGGCUGUAAACUCCAAAAGUUUUUUCAGAUGUUCUUUCCAAGUUGAGUAUCGGAAAUUCUCGUCACUCAACUUGAGGGGGAGUGUUGAAAAUACUCAAUAAUCAAAGUCAAGAAAAACAACAUCUAGAAGUAGAAAUAUUUAGCAAAGUCAAAAGAAAUAUUUUGUAUGACUUUAGUGAGAUUAUGCAUGACUUUACUACAUUUCUGAACCUAUAAAUAAGUAUCAUUGUAAUACGGAAGAUCAUCAAGCAAUACAAUAACAAUCAUUUGCUUCUCUUUA